AUGUAUACAUAUGCCUAUGAAUUACGUCAAAAACAACUGCCAGAGGAUCAUCAUUAUAUUGAUGCAUGUCUAAAUAAUAUUGGCGCGAUUUUUAAAGAUAAACAUGAAUAUGCUAAAGCGUUAGAUUGUUCACAGACAGCUCUUAAAAUCUAUGAUAAAAAUUAUCCAGAUGAUCACGCAAGUAAAGCGUAUAUUCUAGCAAAUAUUGGUCUGAUUUAUAAAGGUCUAACACAGUAUCAAUUAGCUUUAGAACAUUUAAUAAGAGUACAGAAAAUGUAUCAACGUUUAUUACCUGAAGAGCAUCCCUAUAUUGUAUCGGUUCUAAGACGAAUCGGUUCAGUUUAUGAAGAUCAAAGAGAUUAUAACUUGUGCCGAUCAUCUAAAAUGAAGUAUUUUCAAGUUGGGUUAGCCUUAUUAUCAUUGUGUGCUAUACAAAUUAAUAGUCAAACAUGGACUGGGCACUACACAUGGCAUGGUUCUCCAUGUGAUAAUAUACAAUGUUGCUGUGGUAGUGGUAGAAUGAGAAUAACUCAACCAUCAUCUACAACAAUAGCAGUAGUAACAGGUACCAGUAGUUCAUGUGGUAUCCCAUCCAUCACUCAAACAUUAUCAAAUGUUAAUGGUUAUAGAAUAAAUCAGUCGUCGCAGUUAAAUAUGCAGCCUCCAGGUUCAAAUGGCACAGUCGUAUGGACAUUAAGUUCGGAUAGUAAAACAAUUACACUAGCCAGUACAAAAUGGCUUAGCAUUUGUACCGACAGAGCCACAAAAGUGCACAAUUAA